AAACUCUGAGGUAAAGUCUUUACAUUCAGACACAGGCACAGAAAGAAUCAUUGAAAGAGUGUGUGAAAACAUGGAUGAGAGCAUCAUGUCAGGCUUUUGUAUUAGAAGUGGAAGCUGUGUUCGUAGUGGCAGUACUACUACUACUGGCACAAAAUGUGGGCGUUGGAAUCCAACUAACGAACAAGUUAAGAUUCUGACUGAACUUUUCAGUUCAGGACUUCGUACUCCAAGCACUGAUCAGAUUCAGAAAAUCUCUACUCAGCUUAGUUUUUAUGGCAAGAUUGAGAGCAAAAAUGUUUUCUAUUGGUUUCAAAAUCAUAAGGCUAGGGAAAGACAGAAGCGCCGUCGGAAGGUUUCGUCCUCGGAUGAUGAUGAUCGUCGAGAAAAUACUACGUCUAGAAAUUCUUCUUCACAAAAUUUUGCUCAGCUAUAUCAGGUUUCCGAGCCUAAGAGGGUGAUUGAGACACUUGAGCUUUUUCCAUUGAACUCAUUUGGUGAAUCAGGAUCAAAGAAUUUGAGGAACUAUACAAAUGAAUGCAGGGAUAAUAAUCAUAAUAAUAAUAUGUGUUCAUACACAAUGAGGGAACAAAUGGAUCAUCCACCAUUAGAUCUUUGUUUAAGUUUUAUGUAAUCUUGGAAUUAAUUUUUUUUUGUGGUGGUGGUGGUAAUGGUGGUUGGAACUUGGAAUUAAAUAAAAUACAUUAUUGAGAAAAGAAAAUUAAGGUUGU